GGGAAUUUGCGAGUUUGACAAAUGAUAAAAUGACAACUGGCAGAUACUGAGAGUAACAGAGUACAAAAUAAAGCGAAUAAUUCCAUAAAUUGCUCAAGAUGUCAAUACAAGUGGAAAACAAUUUAAAAGAUACUGAGGAUAAACAAAUCUUUGAACAAAAAGCGCAUUACAUACCUUGCAAAAUCGAAGCCGAUGGCGCCGCAAACGUUGAUAAAUAUUUUGAACCCUACGUUACAGAAACUAGUGAAUCAGAACUUACCGGUACAUUCCGAGGCCACCCACUUGAUGGUUCGAAAGUAACAUUCCCAGAAGGGUACAGAGCUAUUGUUGUGACGGAAGCCAAGAGGCCUCUAGGAGAAGAUGCUGACCGAAGAUUCCAGGUGGUUGGUGGUUUCAAAGAAUUUGUGAAUUGGAAUUGGGACAAAAAAACAUCUAAAAAUGAUAGUAUCGUCAAAGCUAUGGAUUGGAUAGACAUUGCUGAUGCUAUACAUGGAGACUGAAAAGGAAAUAAAUUAAAAAAGUUCUUAUUUAGUUACUACAAAGAAUAUUGGGAAUCAUAAAGCAUAACAUUGGAUAUUCCGGAGAUAUAAAUUACAUUAAGUCAUGCACGGAGCGUAACGGCACCGGCAAAAUAUUCUCUACAAUUGACUGUCCGUGCAUGGCACGCGCCGGUGUUGAUCGGUGACGGAACGGUCUACUGAGCAGUUUCAUUAUUUCCAAUACAAAGAAUAUGGUUUCGCCUGACAAAUGCUUUCCCUUCCACUCAUCCUGAAAGUGGUCCCAUAGUUUCCCCAAUCUUCCUUCGCCCAAUUUCCUUCCCACUCUUCUUCAGGCCCUCGCAGUAUCUAAGCCACGGUUUCUAGUAUCGGUUCGCUGGUUUCUCGUAGUACAAAAUAAAAACAGUAAAAAA